GGUCACCGCACGUGCUGAUCAACUAGACUGGACACUGCACGAUUACAAAGCGUUGCGUUAUGUAUUAUGCACGUAAAUGCCGCAUCAGAUUUUCAUUGUAAAGCUAAAGUUACAUAAAAUCAUAAAAUACAGUCACCGGCACCGUACCGCGUCUCGUUGACAUUGACAGUCAGUCGUCAUUUCAAACAACAGUUACCGACGCAGUAAAAGUUAACCACGCCACACAUCAUUAAUCAUCAUGUCGGCCGGAAAAUGCCAGAUCACCAAACCAGCCCCAGACUUCUCUGGAACUGCUGUCGGACUGAAUGGGGAAUUCAGAGACGUCAAAUUGUCUGAUUAUAAAGGAAAGUAUCUUGUCUUCUUCUUCUACCCGUUGGACUUUACCUUUGUUUGCCCAACGGAGUUGAUCGCUUUCAGUGACCGUGCCGACGAGUUCAAAGCCAUCAACUGCGAGUUGCUGGCCUGUUCCUGUGAUUCCCAAUACAGCCAUUUGGCCUGGACGAACACGCCCCGUAAAAAGGGCGGCAUUGGCUCGAUGAACAUGCCCAUUCUGGCGGACAAGAGCUGCAAGAUUGCCCGAGACUACGGUGUUCUCAUAGAGGAAGAUGGAGUCCCAUUCCGCGGUCUUUUCAUCAUUGAUGACAAGGGUAACCUACGGCAGAUCACCAUCAACGACCUUCCCGUGGGGCGCUCGGUGGACGAGACUCUGCGAUUGGUCCAGGCGUUCCAAUUCACUGACAAACACGGAGAGGUUUGUCCUGCAGGCUGGCGACCUGGCAAGGAGACCAUCAAACCGGAUGUCAAAAAGAGUCAAGACUAUUUCAGCAAGCAAUAAAUAAAAUUAAAAAACUAAAAAAAAAACUUUUAGAUAGGAUUGAACAAGCAUACAUACUCCUAAAUUAUGUAUGUAUAAUUGGCAGUUUAAAUGAGGCACUGUAUUGUUGUAGUUUGGUUUUGAAAGAUUGAUGGAAAAAAAACGUUGCUUGUAUGAAACUUAAUGUUAUGUGUGCACUUUCCUUGCAGGGAAUUUAGUGUGGUUUUAACUUGUAAUGACAUGUGGUAGCAAAGAAUAAGCUGCAUUGGCCUUCUUCCCACGGCAAUGU